AUUUUUGGACGAGCGAUCAUCUCUCGGAACGGUCUCGAAGCGUGGACGCUUUUUCCGGAACGCGCGCGCGCGGAACACUCACGUUGAAGCGACGUUGAAUCACCCUUGUCCUGCCCAGGCGACGUCCGGGUCCUCGCGGCGGCGCUCCUCGGCGUCGCCGAAACGGAAACCGCCGCGUUCUGCGACGCGCUCGACGCCGCGCUCGAGGUGGCGUGCCGCCUCGAGCCGGGCGUCCCGCCCGCGCCCAUGCUCGCCAACGCCGUCACGUCGGAGAAGGACGCGAUCGCCAAGCUCCGCAAGUACGCGGCGCCCGCCGGCGCCGCGGCCCUCGAGCACAAGUACGACGGCCAGCGGGCCCAGCUGCACGGCAGCGACGGCGCCCUGCGCAUCUUCUCGCGGAAGAACGACGACAUGACCGACAAGUACCCCGACGUCGCCCGGGCCGCGCGCGCCGCGUGCGCACAAACCUUCGUCGUCGACGCCGAGAUCGUGCCCGUGAGCGCCGCGGCGAACCCCCUGGCCUUCCAGGCCCUCGGCGCGCGGAAGCGCGUCGGCGUCACGGAGGCCAACGUCGAGCAGGCCGUGCGGCUCGUGCUCUUCGACCUCCUGUGGCUCGGCGACGCCGACGUCACGGCGCUGCCGCUGUCGGAGCGCCGCGCGAAGCUCCGGGCGGCCUUCGGCGAACCGUCGGCCGCCGUCGCCUACGCGGCGUCGACGGACGUCGACCUGGCGGCCGACGACGCGCCGCUGGAGGAGGCCGUCACGGCCGCGCUCCUCGAGUCCGUCGACGCGGGCUGCGAGGGGCUCAUGCUGAAGCGAUUGGACGCGCCCUACGAGUACUCGCUCGGCAGCAAGCGGUCCGACGCCUGGGUGAAACUGAAGAAGGACUACGUCGAUGCCUUGGGCGAUUCCUUGGACCUCGUCGUGAUUGGUGGGUGGCAGGGCCAGGGCCGCAAGUCCAAGUGGGUGAGCCCCAUCCUGGUCGCGACGCGCGACCCGGAGACCGAAGCGCUCGGCUCCGUCUGCCGCGUCAUGAGCGGCUUCACGGACGUGUUUUACAAGGACUUCACGGUGCGCGCGCUCGGCGCGGAGAUCGGCGCCGACGCGCCGGCCGGCGACGAGCCGGUGCUGCUGCGCGACGCGCCCGCGCCGGGCGUCGACACGGGCGAGCGGUGCCUCUUCUGGUUCGAGCCGCGCCUCGUCUGGGAGAUCCGGGGCGCGGACCUGUCCAUCUCGCCGACGCACCGCGCCGCGGUCGGCCUCGUCCACGAGUCGCGGGGCAUCUCGCUGCGCUUCCCGCGCUUCAUCCGCGAGCGGCCGGACAAGACCGUCGAGAUGGCCUGCACGCCCGGCGAGCUCGCGGCCAAGUACCGCGACCAAAACCAGGGCCAGGGGGGCGGCGCCGGUCCGCGCGCGGCCGAACGCGACGACGGCGGCGCCGACGGGUAGCGCGGGGGGCGAGCCGCGCGUCUAAUUCACAUUCCGGAGUU